UGGUCCUUCCCAACAACAGAGACUCCCAACUCAAAGGCCAAAGCUGCAGAGUCAUAACCAGAUGAGCUCUAAUAGUAGUAGCAGUGCUGGUAUAUCAGUUUACACUACUUGUCAACAAAGGCUUCUGUUUUUCCUCCAAUGUUGUCAUCGUCAGGUGGGGAGGACACCAACAACAACAAAGCAACAAUAAGCUUAAAUAGAGUGUCCUCAGUAUCCUCAAAAUCAUCAUCAACUUCUUCGUCUCCUUCUGCCGAUCUUCACAACCAAAUCCAUAGAUCCAAAACUAUGGAAGAGGUUUGGAAAGAUAUUAAUCUUGCUUCUCUACAUGAUCACACUUCCAGGGAAGGCCUCUCUGUAAACCCAAAUCCUCACAACCCGCAUUUUAUCCUUCAGGAUUUUCUCGCCAGACCUUUCAGCAAAGACCCACCAACCAAUAGAGUCUCCACAAUCGGGGAGGCCACACUUUAUGGCUCUCCAGCUCCACCUCCUGCCACUGUUUUGAGCCUGAAUUCGGGUCCGGCCUUUGAUUUUCUUGAUAACUCGGGUUCUCUCCGGUCUAACUCUCGUUUGCAAAGCGGCCCCAUUUCGAAUUUGUCCACUUUCAAUUGUCCAUUCGAGGGUCUAGCUUCAUCUUCUAGCUUGGCUUCGUUUGGUAAGAAAAAGGUCCAAGAAUCAGAUAGCAGUUCUGGUGAUCGACGGCACAAGCGCAUGAUCAAGAACCGAGAGUCUGCAGCUCGAUCAAGAGCUAGGAAACAGGCUUAUACAAAUGAGUUGGAACUUGAAGUUGCCCAUCUUAUGGAAGAGAAUGCAAGACUCAAGAGACAGCAAGAACAGUUACGCGUAGCUGCUGCUGCUCAACUUUCCAAAAAGCGCACGCUUCAGCGAACGUCAACGGCUCCAUUUUGAGGAAAAUAUCUAUCUGAGCCUUCCUUUUAACAAAUGUGGUGUGGACGAAGAGGAUUGUACCUCCAGCAAAGUGCAAAGACGGUUGAUUUUGGGAAAGAAACAUGGGUUGUUGUGUGGAGAGGAAAGUUGGGUUUUUUUUUUUUUUUUUUUUUUUGCAUUUCCUAAUAUGCAGGAAGUUUGGUGGGUCUUUGUUCUGCUUCCUCGGUUCGAUUGUAUCUUUCCUUGGACUACUAACCUUUUUGUUCCUUUCUUAAGCUAAUUUUCUCUUUCUUCAAUUUCCAACUUUCCUUCUCAUGCGAAAAAAAGAAAAUGUUA